CCGGUUGCGGUGAGUUGAGUUCCUGCUAGAGAGACAUGAUUGUAAACUAAGAGCCGUAGGUGCGCUCCUUGAGUUUGACUGCGAAAAGUACAAUAAUCCUACAUGUGGUCGAGACGAUGGAGUCAAAAAUAAAAUAACAGAGGUGACUGAACCACCAAGCCUCAGUAGGACUCCAUCAAGCCGAGGGGGCCGCUACAGAAAUGGCAAACCUGAACUGGAAGCCUUUCGUCUAUGGAGGAAUGGCCUCAAUUGUCGCAGAAUUCGGUACGUUUCCCAUUGAUCUCACAAAAACGCGGCUCCAGGUUCAAGGGCAGUCGCACUGCAUGGAGGUCCGAUAUCGGGGGAUGUUCCACGCUUUGUUCAGGAUCGGAAGUGAAGAAGGCGUCUGGGCGUUGUAUUCGGGAAUUUCACCUGCGCUCCUCCGACAAGCUUCCUACGGCACAAUCAAGAUCGGUACAUACAACACACUGAAGAAACUGUUUGUUAGCCAUCCUGAAGAUGAAACUAUGGUGAUUAAUGUGUUUUGUGGGGUGGUGUCCGGUGUUUUGUCCUCCUCUUUGGCAAAUCCAACUGAUGUGCUAAAGAUUCGCAUGCAGGCUCAAGGCAGCCUGUUACAGGGAAGCAUGAUGUCUAAUUUCAUGAACAUUUACCAGACCGAGGGCACGCGAGGCCUGUGGAGGGGUGUCAUUCCUACUGCACAGAGGGCAGCCAUCGUGGUGGGUGUGGAGCUGCCAGUCUAUGACAUCACCAAGAAGCAUUUGAUUCUUUCAGGCCUGAUGGGAGACACCGUGUUAACUCAUUUCAUUUCCAGUUUUGCGUGUGGUCUGGCAGGAGCGCUGGCCUCCAACCCGGUGGACGUGGUGAGGACGCGUAUGAUGAAUCAGCGUGUGCUCGCCGGUAACCAUAUGUACAAGGGCACCCUGGACGGACUCAUGCAGACCUGGAGAAAUGAAGGUUUUUUUGCUCUCUAUAAAGGCUUCUGGCCCAACUGGCUGCGUCUGGGGCCCUGGAACAUCAUUUUCUUCCUCACCUUUGAGCAGCUGAAGAAGUUUCCAUUGUAGCCGAGUCUGUGACU